AUGGCAGCUUUCAACUUGAAGUCUCUUGUGAGACCCAACAUCGCCCAACUCGAACCAUAUCGUUGUGCUAGAGACGAUUUCAAAGAGGGAAUUCUUCUUGACGCAAAUGAGAACACCCACGGGCCGGCCCUUUCUCAAAUCAGCGAUUGGGAAGAUGCUUUGGAAUUGAAUAGGUACCCUGACCCCCACCAGAUUGCAUUGAAACAGCAAAUUGUAGACUUCAGAAACGCUGCACCAAACCGCUUUUUCGACAACAACAAGAAGCUUUCUCCAGAAAACUUGUGCUUGGGUGUUGGCUCUGACGAGAGCAUUGAUUUGCUUUUGCGUUGUGUCUGUGUGCCCGGCACCGACAAGCUACUUGUGUGUCCUCCAACGUAUGGAAUGUACUCCAUCUGCGCUAAGGUCAACGAUGUCUCUUUAGCCACUGUUCCAUUGACCGUUCCAGGCUUCCAAUUGGAUGUGCCUAAGAUCGUGGAAGCCGUAUCAGCCGAUCCGCUGAUCAAGCUUCUUUACGUUACCUCCCCCGGUAACCCCACAGCCAAAUUGUUGAAUGUAGAGAGCAUCGUAGAUCUUUUGAAGCAGGUGCAACAGACAUGGAAUGGUAUUAUGGUCGUUGAUGAGGCUUAUAUUGAUUUCAGUCCGGACAAGGAUGGCUUCUCGCAGUCUGUGUCCACUUUAGUCAAUCAAUUCCCAAAUCUCGUCGUGUUUCAAACCCUCUCCAAGUCGUUUGGGCUCGCUGGUAUUCGGUUGGGUAUCACUUUCGCAUCCCCUGAAUUGUCUGGUUACUUGAACGCCAUGAAAUACCCCUACAAUAUUUCUUCGUUGACGUCCGCAGUGGCCACCCGUUCCACUGACGAGCAACUGGGCUUGAGCGUGAUGAGACAAUAUGUUGAUCUGAUCGUAGACCAGCGCGCUUUUGUUUUGUCAGAGUUGCAGAAACUCGCUGGUGUUGGACGCAAUUUGGGAGGUCUUGAUGCUAACUUCUUGCUUUUGGAGUUCUUAGACAAGAACGGUACCCCCUCUAACGAAGUUGCAAAAGCCGUCUACAACAAUUUGGCCGUACACAACGGCGUUGUUGUAAGAUUCAGAGGCUCUGAAAUGAACUGUACUGGAGCUUUGCGUAUUUCUAUCGGCACAGAGAGUGAGAACAAGAUUCUAUUGGAGAGGUUGGCCAAGUGUCUUGAGGAAGCUAGAAAAUAA